GUGGUGGCGACUCCCGGGGGAAGUUGAGGCCCCGGUGGGAGAAGCGGCGCGCGCCGGCCCAGCAGGCCUGACCGGAAACGGUGGCCUGCCCCUGGCCUGCCCGCUCCCCUUUCCCCUCUUUUCAAAGGAGCCAGAUCCCGUUGCCGCCCCGGGCGCGCUGCGUGCGGCCUUUGAUCCGGCCGGGCCCAGACAUGGAGCUGCGGGAAGAGGCCUGGUCUCCGGGGCCGCUGGACUCCGAGGACCAGCAGAUGGCCAGUCACGAGAACCCAGUGGACAUCCUCAUCAUGGAUGACGACGACGUCCCCAGCUGGCCCCCGACCAAGCUGUCCCCACCCCCAUCGGCGCCCCCCGCCGGCCCUCCGCCCCGGCCGCGGCCGCCCGCGCCCUACAUCUGCAACGAGUGCGGCAAGAGCUUCAGCCACUGGUCCAAGCUGACGCGGCACCAGCGCACGCACACCGGCGAGCGGCCCAACGCCUGCGCCGACUGCGGCAAGACCUUCUCGCAGAGCUCGCACCUGGUGCAGCACCGGCGCAUCCACACGGGCGAGAAGCCCUACGCCUGCUCCGAGUGCGGCAAGCGCUUCAGCUGGAGCUCCAACCUCAUGCAGCACCAGCGCAUCCACACGGGCGAGAAGCCCUACGCCUGCCCUGAUUGCGGCCGCAGCUUCACGCAGAGCAAGAGCCUGGCCAAGCACCGGCGCUCGCACAGCGGCCUCAAGCCCUUCGUGUGCCCGCGCUGUGGCCGCGGCUUCAGCCAGCCCAAGAGCCUGGCGCGCCACCUGCGGCUGCACCCCGAGCUGUCGGGGCCGGGCGUGGCGGCCAAGGUGCUAGCGGCCAGCGUGCGCCGGGCCAAGGCGCCCGAGGAGGCGGCGGCGGCGGACGGCGAGAUCGCCAUCCCAGUGGGCGAUGGAGAGGGCAUCAUUGUGGUGGGCGCGCCGGGCGAGGGGGCGGCGGCGGCCGCAGCCAUGGCGAGCGCGGGGGCCAGGGCGCCGGGACCCCGCUCGCGGCGCGCCCCGGCCCCCAAGCCGUACGUGUGCGUGGAGUGCGGGAAGGGCUUCGGGCACGGGGCCGGGCUGCUGGCCCACCAGCGCGCCCAGCACGGGGACGGGCUGGGGGCGGCGGGGGGCGAGGAGCCGGCGCACAUCUGCGUGGAGUGCGGCGAGGGCUUCGUGCAGGGCGCGGCGCUGCGCCGGCACAAGAAGGUGCACGCCGUGGGCGCGCCCUCGGUCUGCAGCCACUGCGGACAGAACUACUACCGGGCGGGCGGGGACGACGACGACGACGACGACGACGAGGAGGCGGCGGGCGGGCGGUGCAGCGAGUGCCGCGGCGGGGAGGGCCGGUAGGGGCGGCGGCCCGGGGGGGCGGGGCCCCUCGGG